AUGACUCAAAAUUUACUGAGAACUCUUUCACAUGAUCUGAUUAACAUCUCAAAGACUGGAGAAUUCGCCGACGUCCUUAUAAGGGUUGGUGAGGAUUAUGGUGAAUUAGAUACCAGAAAUUUUCAGGUUCAUUCGAUAGUAUUAAGUGCGCGAUCAAAAUGGUUUCGCGCUGCCUUAUCUGAAGCUUGGCAUCAAACAAGAAAAGAUAACAUGAUCUUGUUAUCCAAACCAAAUAUUCAGCCACCUGUAUUUGAAGCCAUCCUCGAGUACAUUUAUGGUGGAGAAUUUGAUCCAAAGAAUUUUCAAGUUGCAGAAUUGAUUGAAAUUCUUAGAGCGGCCGAUGAACUUGGCUUGGUGGAACUGAUAAAGUACAUAGAACUUUACCUCAAAGAUAAUCCAGAAAUUAUUUGUUCCAACAUCGUUUCUAUAUAUGAGUUUUCCGUCCGAAAUGAUAAUUUUCGCACGUUACAUUUCUAUUGUAGUUAUAUAAUGGAACUAAACCCUUCCUUGUUUUUUCUAGACGAAAAUUUUGCUCUUCAUAUGAGCAAAGAAACAAUGAUAACCUUACUAAGAAUGUCAAACUUGAUGAUGAAUGAGCUUAAUGUCUGGAAUAAUCUUGUACGAUGGGGAAUUGAACAAGUCAUAAUAGAGAAUUCUCAACAAAAUCAAUAUGAUACUUUAGAAGAAUACAAUGAUAUAAUUAAAUCUUUUACCCAUGAGGAUUUCAUUAAAUUUGCGGAACUUCUUCAACCUUGCAUAAUGCUCAUCAACUUUAUAGAUUUCACUUCCUUGGAUUAUGAACAACUUGUUGAGCCUUUUAUCAAUGCUAUCGGUAGAAAUGAUUUGAAUCGGAUCAAGAGAUUAAUUUCCAUGAAUGAUGAUGAAAUCUCGGUUAAAUAUUCAGAAUUGCUUAACCCUGAACGAGCUGCUGAACUUUCAAUUAUUAUAUCCAACAUGUAUAACGAUAUAGAAUCUAUUGGAUUAUGUGAUUUCAACCUGUUAUUAAGAGGGAGUCGAGAUGGUAUGACAGUGAAUGCUUUCACAUCGAGGUGUUGUGGUAAAGGUCCAACUGUUAUUUUAGCAAGGGACAAAUUUAAUAAGCAUCUUUAUGGGGCUUACUAUGCGAAUAGAUGGGAUCAUCCUAAUUAUCAUGAUAAAGUAGAU